GUUUAGUUCGUAUCAAUAGGAUCGGAUUUAUACGAUCGGAUUUGGGAUGAACACCCCCAUCGAACACCCCUAACUGCUACUACGAUCCCUCGUCUUCGCAUCCCAGUCGAUCUAAGACUGAAUCUCAGCACGAUGGCGGACGUCUGCCCCAACCUUCGGAAAUACGGCGUGCCGUUUUACGGAGCUGCUUGGGUUCCCUACCACCACAUCAGAUCCAAGCUCUCAUCCCAAGACAAAAAGGAAGAUGAUCGGACUCCAUCCAAAGACGACAACUCCUCGCCGCCGCUGGGGACGACGGACCACAAUAACUACGUCGUUCUCGCCGGGGGCGGUGGUGAAGGCCGCAGCGGCAUCCCCAAUGCUAUUGUUGUCUCUCACUUUGAUUUCGCCUCUAAUUCUCUCUCGGAGCAACCGGUGAUUAAGUAUAAAACUGGUUCUGAUUUGCCUUACCGAAUGACUGUUCAUCCACGUGGAGAUGGCAUUAUCUGUGGGAUGCAAAACUGCUGCAGAUUGUUUAAGUGGAAAGAAUGUGAUGAGGCGGAAGUCCACAAACCAGGUGUGGUGCCAGAGAAAGACGUGAAAGACGUGAAGCUUUUAGAAAAUGUUGGACAACAGUUAGCACUAGCUUUUAACUGUGAGGGUUCUAGAUUGGCUGUUGGUGGUGAGGAUGGAAAUUUAAGAGUUUUGGAAUGGCCUAGCAUGGACAUUAUUCUCAAUAAGGCUCAAGAUGAUUCUUCCAUUAAGGACUUGAAUUUCAGCUUGGACGGGAAAUUUCUUGUCUCUUUGGGAAGUGGCCUUUGUAGGGUGUGGGAUGUCACUUCAUCAAAAGUUGUAACUUCUCUAGCUAAGGGAAAUGAUGAGGUUUUUGCCUUCUGUAGAUUUUCUCAAAUUAAUCAGAAUCAAGUCCUUUACAUCGCUGCCGUAACAGAUAAAGGUGGAAGUAUUUUGACGUGGAACACAACAUCAUGGAGGAGGACAAGCUCAAAGCGAGUAGUCCGGGAAGCAAUCUCUGCAUUCAAUGUCUCAAAUGAUGGAAGGUUUCUUGCAGUUGGAACAGUUGAAGGAGACAUUUUGAUCAUAAAUUCCAACAGUAUGAGGGUUCAAACGACAGUUAGGAAAGCACACCUUGGUUUGGUUACAACAGUGACUUUCAGCCAUGAUUCAAGGGCAUUGGUCUCUGCAUCCCUAGACUCUAGUGCAAGGGUAACACUAAUCAAGGAUGAGAAGAAAAGUGGAGGGAUGAGUUUGUUGUUUGUGAUAUUUAUCAUACUAGUUGCUAUUGCUGCCUAUUUCAUGAAGGAAAAAGGAAUUCUUCUUCUUGGCAAGUAACAAGGUUGGUACAUGUGGAGUCUAAACUUCAAAAUAGUUUUUGUUAGAUAUCAGGGUUGGGACUUGAGAUGUGAUAUGAAUCAUGUACCUAUUGCUUAUGGCGGUUACUUGGAUUUUGCAUUUUUAUAUACACUGUGCAAACAAUAUCGUAAUCUAUGAUAUAAACUUUUUUCGUUGUUGAUAACGUAGAAUAAUAACUGUAUACUUUCUAUGAUAGGUUUUGCACACACUCACAGACACACUAAAGUGCUUAUCAACUG